AUGAUAGCUCCAGAAGGUUGGGUAUAUUGUUAUUGCGAUCCAGUGUUUUCUGUGUUUCUGCCAGACUCUUUUGGUACAUGUCCAGUGGGUGGAUGUCGCGCAUUCCAAAGUAUCACAUUUAUUCUUUUCUUUGCCAUGUUUGCUGAGGGUUGUCGUCGUCUCUGGAUCCAACGUGAACACUACAAGACUGCCAUCUACAUCAGUAAUUCAUUGUUGACUUUUGCCAAUCUCACACAAUCCAUUCGUACUAUCCUAUUGUUUGCCGAAGUUGUUGAGAUCUACGGUCCAACCACACUCUUCCUCUUUGGUAUCGGUUUUUAUUUCUCUGCGUAUCUCUGGAUUCUCGUGUCGUGGUGUGAUAUCAUCCUUUCCGUUAACUUUUCAAAGACAGCCCAGAAAGUCUUCCCCAUUGUACGUUGGGCAAUUAUUUUCCUCACCAUCAUGCACUUUGUCGGUUGGAUCAUUGCAAUCAAGAUCUGGUGGCCAUACCAAGCAACCAACGCCUGGAUCGCAUCCUAUGGAUUCGGUACCAGUUUGGGAUUCUUGUUUUUGGGAUUCUUCAUCUGGCGUGAGUACAAGAGUGUCUCGUCGAUUGCCGCACACGGUGACAACGCCGAAAAGACCUACCGUAAAGUGAAGAAGGUAACUCGUCUCUCUGCCUACGUCGUUGCAGCUGCCUUGCUGAUGACUGCCGUCUCGUUCGGUUCCAGCUACAUCAUGCCAAAGAACUUCAGUGGCAUGCUGGCAUGGCUUUUCAUUACCCGUGGUACUUUUAUCAUUUUCAGUUCUUCCACAUUGAUCUUCUUGAUUCCACAAUCAAAGAAGAUGAAUCAAUCGACUUCCUCAAGCAACAAAUCAAGUCAGUGGUCCGACAAGAUGAACAAGAUGGAGUUCCACUCCAACGAUGCUUCUGCCGCUGCCAACCACGAUCUCGAAGAAUCAGUAGGUCAAACUCAACAACCAACCAACAAAAUUGUCGGUAUAAGCGCGAACCAAGACAAUAACACUGGUUCUUCACAAGUUUAA